CCCACAAUUCAUUUCAGCAUCAGGUUAAAGUUGAAAUGUUUUACAUGCAUUGGAAACAGCACUAGCGUCAGGUUGAAAUAAAUUAUAUUAUUCCUUAAAAUGUUCAUAACUGGUGUUUGCGGCAGCAGAGCAUGUUCUGUAGCUUAGAGCUAAAGUGAAAUGAAUGUGUUUUCAUGAAAUCCGCUGCGAUCAGUGAGAUUCAUCCUGACUGCUGUGGAGGGCUCGAUAAAGUGGACUUUAGCAAGGCAGACAUGUCUGUGUUGUAUGAGAUAAUGAAGUACAUUGAUCUGAGAGGGCCCAGCUUCUGCAUGGCUGUCAUUACCAUCAUCUUCAACCCAAUCUUCUGGAAUGUGGUUGCCAGAUGGGAACACAGAACACGAGGUCUGACACGCUUGUUCAAAAGCCCGUAUGUGGCCUGCUACAGCCUGGGAGUUGUCAUUCUACUUCUCAAUAUUUACCGCAGUCACAGUUUUAUGGUAGCGAUGGAGGACCAACCUAAGCUGGAGCUGCUGGACAGAGUGCAGGUGUAUUACAUGGGCAUAGCUCUAAUGCUAAUUGGCUCACAGUUUGUUAUCAGUAGCUUUCUGGCCCUGGGCUUCACUGGGACGUUCCUUGGAGAUUACUUUGGUAUACUGAUGGAGAAGAAGGUGACUGGCUUUCCCUUUAACUUCAUGGAUAACCCAAUGUACUGGGGAAGCACUGCCAACUACCUAGGCCUGGCCCUAAUAAACGCCAGUCCUAUAGGAGUUCUGCUCACCGCAGUUGUGGCAUUGUGCUACAAAGUGGCCAUCGCAUAUGAGGGACCAUUCACAGAGAACAUCUAUCAGCAAAGGAGCCUGAGCUGCAAACACAAAUAAUUCUUGAGUGUGUUUGCUUAAGGAUCACAGCAGAGCCCCAGAUGAUCCAGACUCCACUCUAAAUGUACCUGUUCAUGAAAAAGUGGCAGUGAAGACCUGAGUAACUCCAAUUCCAAAUGUGAAGAAAAUAGAUUAUUAUUUAGCGAUGUUUUAUGUCUCUUGAGAUUCUGUUAACUUUAUUAAUGGCAAUAUCCUAGAGAAAGAAAGUAACUGAGACAGUUCAGCUAAGACGUACAGUAUUUUUUGUACA